AUGCCACGGAGGGCUCAAACGUUUGAUGACUACGGCUCUGCCGUCGGGGAGAUCAUCUUGGCUUCUUCCGACUUGGACUUCCUCGACCAGCUCAUCCCGCUCCUGAAAGAUGCCAGCACCAGUAAUCGAACCAGUUCCCUGGCCCAGAGCCUCUCACACUACGCCGAGGACCGCGAGGCCGAGAUUGAAAACAUCGGCUUGACCAAGCACGAGGAGUUCCUGAGCUCCGUUACGCAACUGCAAAAGGUCCGCGAGGGCACCAUCAAUCUGACUGCCGAGAUCCUCGAGUUGAACCAAUCCAUACAGUCCAGCACCCAGGAGCUGGCCGAGCAGAAGCAGAAGCUGGUCGACAAGAGGGCCAUCCGGCAGAACGUUGCGGAUGCUUCUGAUGCGCUGAAUGGAUCUCUCAAGAUACUGCACGCAGUGAACAAUGCGCAUGAGUUGAUACGGAAGAAGAGAUACUACGCCGCCCUGAAGUCGCUGGAGGACCUGCAGAACGAGCAUCUGAUCCCCAUAAUACAGAACAAAUAUGCCACACAGCAGCAACUGGCAGACAUGAUUCAAAAGUCAAUCCCAACUUCCCAGAAGUCAAUAGGCGACGCUGUCAUGAACGAUUUGAAUACGUGGCUCUUUCGCAUUCGCGAGACCUCGCAGUUCUUGGGUGAGGUAACAUUCUAUCAUACAGAGAUGAGGCGAUCAAAGCACAAGGAACGAUCGGAGACCAACGAUACCCUCAGCAACUUUAAACUCAACUCCGCAAUCGAACUUGUCUAUGACGAAGCUGAAGAGUUCGACGUCCUCGACAACGAGGAGCUUCAAGUGGACUUCCAGCCCUUGUUUGAAUGUUUGCACAUUCACCAAGCUCUUGGUCGGAGCGAUAAACUUCGUGCCGACUAUGCCGCAACAAGACGACAGCAAAAAGAUCUUUUGAUACCGACCUCGAUCCACGUUGACGGUGAAGAAGAGCCGUCUCUUAAUAGUCUCUUGGAAGGCAUUGCGGGCUUCGCGGUCAUCGAAAAGGCAACGAUGCGACGCGUGCCUCAGUUGCGGUCUGCCGUGGACGUGGAGGAGCUUUGGGACUCCAUGUGCACUUCCGCAAUCACUCUUACAUCCCGUUCGUUAGGUAAUAUCACCAACGCGGAAGUGCUGCUCAAGAUCAAGUCGGUCUAUGCGCUUUUCAUUCAAUCCAUGGAAGGCUGGGGCUAUACAGUCACCAUGCUGGAUAAUUUCCUGCUCACUUUGUUUGACACUUACGCCGACUUGCUGAAACGCCGCUUCAGUGAGGACUUCCAAGAGAUAGUUUCAACAGAUGACUACAUGCCAAUGGCGAUCAACAGUGCCGAGGAAUACGAAAAAGUCGUCAACGUCAGCUGGUUCACGCAGGACACGCCGGUCGAGGAACUGACCUUCCCAUGUGUGCUGCCAUUUUCGCAAAUGUACCCAUUAUGCUGCAUCGACAUCAGGAAUUUCCUCAAUCAAUUUUACUUUUUUGCCGAUGACCACUUCCAGCACCCCAAUGUCAUUGACGACACGUUGAGAAAGUCACUGGAUGAGCUCUUGACCCAGAAGGUAUGCCAGUCGCUAGUCGAGCGACUGAGCUCCCAAUACCUGGGUCAGAUAGUUCAGAUUCUCAUCAACUUGGAGCAUUUCGAGAUCGCGUGUCAGGAACUGGAACAACUUCUGAUCAGGGCUCGAUCCUCGACGUCGGCCGGUGGGCCUGUGACCCUGAGCGCCACUGAGCAGUUCAGGAACAACAAGAAGACGGCCGAGAAGCGUAUUUUUGAGCUGGUCAACUCCAAGAUUGACGACCUGGUAGACACGGCGGAAUACGACUGGAUGUCAACAACCGCUUCAACCGAGCCGAGCAACUACAUCCAGACACUGACUAGGUACUUAUCGAACAUCAUGAACUCGACACUGCUCGGCCUUCCUCGGGAAAUCAAGGAGCUCAUCUACUACGAUGCCCUCAACCAUGCCGCCGAAAGAAUACUGGCCUUGCCCCUCCAGCCCGAAGUCAAGACUAUCAACCCCAACGGCGUGGCCGCCAUGGCCAUGGACGUGCAAAGUCUGGUCGAAUUCGUUCAAGGACUCGAUAACUCGUUCAUGCUCAUGGAGGUCCUUCAGGAGCUCGAGCAGACGGUCAAGCUGCUGCAGGCCGAGAACGCGGAUGACUUCUACGACAUUUCAGUGCGGAACCGGCACUACGGCCGCGUUAACGCCAUGAACGGGCCCGUCCUGCUCGAGAAGCUCACGCACACGGUCGAGGCGCCAAAUCGCGCUGCGGCUACAAUGGCCAAUUUCUCGUCACGGUUCGGCUUUAAGAGCUGA